UUACCAGGCAGACCUUACACUACGGAGCAGACUUUCCAACAUGGCGUCAAGAAGCGCAGGGCAAACGCACUUAACACAAGAUAUGGAGGGAGACGAUGUGGGGACUGAUGAGAGAGAAAUGGAUUCAGAAGAGGACGGAGAAGAGGCUAUGGGAGAGGAAAAUUCAGACGACGAGGCUGAUUCAUCUGAGGACGAGAAAGAAAACGAGGCCGAAAUUCAGCGUUUGGAGGAACAGCUAUCAAUCAAUGCAUUUGACUACAACUGCCAUGUGGAUCUAAUCAAGCUAUUGAAGCAAGAAGGUGAGCUUCUGCGUUUGCGAAAGGCAAGGCAGAAGAUGAGUGAACUUUUUCCGCUUACUGAAGAGAUCUGGCUUGAUUGGCUUAAGGAUGAGAUCCGUUUAACAGAAGAGGAAUCAAACCGAGAAAAAGUAUAUGAGAUCUUCGAGAGGGCUGUUAAAGAUUAUAUAUGUCCAGAUAUUUGGCUUGAAUAUGCUCAGUACUCUAUUGGUGGUAUGGCAUUACCUGGUGGGAUUGACAAGGUGAGGGCAGUUUUUGAAAGAGGUUUGACAGCGGUUGGGCUCCACGUGACAAAAGGACAGAUGGUGUGGGAGGCAUAUAGGGAGUUUGAGAAUGUCAUUCUGACAACAGUACAGCCUCCCCCUGGAAAAAUACCCAGCCAUCAGGAGCAGGAGUUACUAAAUGCUCAGCUAGAGCGCAUCCACACACUAUUUCGUCGGCAGCUGGCUGUGCCUUUAAUGGACAUGGAAGCCACCUAUGCUGAAUAUGAAGAAUGGGCUGAUGGUGUCCCUGAAACAGUUCAGCUUCAAUACAAAAAGGCUCUGCAGCUGAUGGAAAAGUGUAAAACCUUUGAAGAGGCACUGAUGGUAGCAGAACCACCUAAGCUGGCAGAGUAUCAAGCCUACAUAGACUAUGAACUGAAGGAGGGUGACCCAGCACGCAUUCAAAUGAUUUUUGAGCGUGCUUUGGCAGAGAACUGCCUGGUUCCAGACAUGUGGGCAAAAUGCACCACAUACUUGGACCGCCAGUUGAAGAUCAAAGAUUUAGUUCUCUCCACCCAUGAGCGUGCUGUUCGAAACUGCCCUUGGACAAUGGGUUUAUGGAAAGGUUAUAUAUUGGCUCUGGAGAGGCAUUGUGCUGAUCACCAAACUGUGUUAGAUGUUUUUGAGAAGGCACUGAAUGCAGGAUUCAUACAAGCUACUGAUUAUGUGGAGAUUUGGCAGGCAUAUCUUGACUAUUUGAGAAGACGUGUUGAUUUCAGUAAAGAAUCUAGUAAAGAGUUGGAAGAGUUACGGUCAACUUUUACAAGAUCACUCGACUACAUGAAACAAGAUGUUGAAGAAAGGUUUGGUGAAAGUGGAGAUCCCUCAUGCAUUAUAAUGCAAAUCUGGGCCAGGAUAGAGGCCCUUCAUUGCAAAAAUAUGCAAAAAGCCAGAGAGCUUUGGGAUAACAUUAUGACAAAAGGAAAUGCUAAAUAUGCCAACAUGUGGCUGGAGUACUACAAUCUUGAAAGAUCUUAUGGUGAUACUGUCCAUUGCCGCAAGGCUCUUCACAGAGCUGUCCAGUGCACUUCAGACUACCCUGAGCAUGUAUGUGAAGUACUACUCACAUUUGAACGAGUUGAAGGGUCUUUGGAGGACUGGGAUGUAGCUGUACAAAAGACAGAGACCAAGCUCAAUAGGAUAAAUGAGCAACGUGCAAAGGUGGCCGAAAAAGAAGCUAAUAUUGCUCGACAGGAAGAAGAGAGAACACAGCAGCGACGGAAAACAAAAGCUGACAAGAAGGCACAGAAAAAAAUCCAAAAGGGAAUUUGUGUCGGAGAGAAGAGGAAGGCUGAGCAGGAUGAUUAUGCUAUUGAAUGGAAGGAAGACUUGGAACAAGGUCCCAAAAGGCACAAGGGAAAUGGUGACCAAAUGAGUGAAGAAUUCAUGGAAACUGAGACAGGACUCUUUGGGAAGACUGCUCCUCCUGGUUUUAAGCCUGUUCCACGGGGGACCAACUUGGACAGCACAGUGUCUAUGGCUCAAAGAGAGAACCAACCUGAAUUGCGUAAUGACAACUGCAGUAUCUUCAUCAGUAACUUGGUAUACACACUGGAGGAGCCAGAGACUAAACUCAGGACACUGUUUGACUCUUGUGGUCCCAUUAAACAAAUACGUCCAGUCUUCAACAUUAAGGGGGGCUUCAAAGGAUAUGGAUAUGUACAGUUUGAAUCCCAAGUAUCUGUACCUGAAGCACUUAAACUGGAUAGGAGGGAAGUUGAAGGCCGACCUAUGUUCGUAUCCCCCUGUGUUGACAAAAGUAAAAAUCCUGACUUUAAGGUCUUCAAAUAUAACACAUCCAUGGAAAAACAUAAAAUAUUUAUUUCUGGGCUGCCAUUUUCUUGUACUAAAGAGCAACUGGAGGAAAUCUGCCAAAGUCACGGGAGUAUCAAAGAAGUCCGCCUAGUAACAUAUCGCUCAGGAAAACCAAAGGGAUUGGCGUAUGUUGAGUUUGCAAAUGAAAGUCAGGCUUCCCAAGCAGUUCUAAAAUUGGAUGGCAUGGAAGUAGAAGGCAACAGAAUUUCUGUUGCUAUUAGUAACCCUCCUCGCAGAAACACUGUGGACAAGCCUAGUUCCAGUCGUCAGUCCACAGACAUGAUGCCUCGUCAGUUUCAUGGAUCGAGAGGUAAAGGACGGACUCAGCUUUCGUUACUUCCCCGUUCCUUAAAUCGUCAAAGUGGGUCUGAGAGCAAAGUGGAGAAUGGGACUUCAACACAGUCUGUUGCAGCAACAAACACGGCCAACGAUACAAAACCUUUGUCCAAUGCAGAUUUUGCUAGAAUGCUUCUCAAUAAAUGACAUAAAUCAUCUUGAAAGCCAUCCUGUGUCCUUAGAUUAGUACCUAAAUAGUUCUGUAAUUGGCGCCCACCUUCCCUUUAAUACAAUAGUAGAUUAUAUUCUACUGCAAAUUGCCUUAAUUGCUGAGAGCAUCCUCUAAAUUACAACUCUGUGUUAAGUUUGUGUAUUGCUGUGAAAAUUUUAACUGUAUUAUAUUUCAAGUGUAAAUAAUAUUGUAACUAAAAUGCUGUCCUUUUGUGGUGUGAAAGAGUUGUCAGAAACUGUUAAGUAUAUUUUUAAACCUUCAA